GUGUUUAGCUUUGCCGCUGCGUUUUCUGAUCCUUUUUCAUUUUUCUCCUCCCUAAAAUUCUUUACUUUGACCCUCUACUCUUUCCUUCCCCACCAACACUUUUUCUAGGGUUCCCUUUCUUCUUCCUCCUCACACCAGUCCCCCCAUCUCCUCCAUUAAAAUCACUCUCCCUCAGUCCCUCUGCACCUCUCUGUCUCCCUCCGCAUUGCUCAAAAAUGGCGUCUUUCGCUCCCUCUUCUUCUCUUAAUCCAAAACCCAUCUCAGCUCCCCCGUCUUCCUCCACGGAUCUUCUCGACGACUCGUACGAAGACUGCUGCAGCAUCUGCCUCGAGCCGUUCAACUGCGACGACCCGGGCACCAUAACCAGCUGCAAACACGAAUAUCAUCUUCACUGUAUAUUAGAAUGGUCACAAAGAAGUAAAGAAUGCCCAAUUUGUUGGCAGUCAUUUUCCCUGAAGGAUCCUGCUUUCCAAGAGCUUCUAGCUGCUAUACAAAAUGAGAAGAACUCAAGGUCAAGAAAAACAUCUUCCAUGGCACCCCAAACAUAUCAUUCGUAUGAGGAUUUUGAUGCUGAGCACGAAUCUUUCUCAGAUGACUCCGAUUUGGAUGAGCGCAUCAUGCAGCAUCUUGCUGCUGCUUCUGGCAGAGCUCAUUAUGCUCGCAGAAGGGAAAGACAGAGAUCACCUGGGCUAGGUCCUUCCCGUGUUUUUGUUUUUUCCAAUCAUGAAAGUGUGCCUGGUUUCCAGCAAACAUACCCAACUUCUCCAGAAGAUUCGCCAACUUCUCAAAGGCCAUCUAUUAUUCAAUCUCCAUUGUCUUUUAUUUGCAGCACUGCUGCCAAUAGUGAUAUCCGUUGCAUGCCGAGAGUUAUUUAUGGCCGGCCAUCACCAGAUGGUCCACACAGACCAAGCCCAUCCGAGACUAUCAAUUUCCCUGAUUCUAUCAAAUCCAAGUUGUCUGCUGCCUCAGCCAGAUACAAAGAGUCAAUCUCAAGAAGCACUCGAGGCUUUAGGGAAAAGCUACUUGCUCGUAACAACUCAGUCAAGGAGAUGACCAAAGGGGUUCAACGUGAGAUGAGUGCAGGAAUUGCUGGUGUUGCAAGAAUGUUUGAGCGCCUCGACCUUACUCCAAAGAGACCUGGAGCCCCUUCUCCUGUUUCUGGCCAUAGCGGAGGAGAAACUUCAAACUUUUCCUUCAAGGGAAAAGGUGUGCUAGAGAAUGUUAUUGUUCAUUCUUGUAGUAACAGUGGGAGAGUUGCUGAUGAAAGUUCAGACGCACCUUCACGUCAAAGCUGCUACAGCAGGCCGAGUUGAAGUCUCUUCUGCACAGAGCGGACACUGAUGCCGUAUGGAGUUUGGAUUUGGCUCAUCUCCGAAUCGUUUGUGUUUUACCUCUCAAGCAUAAGGAAUGUGUUUUACCUUUCAAGCAUUAGGCACCUCAGCAAGUGACGUUAUGUGAAGAGCCACACGCUGCUGGUUCGUUUUGCGUCCUGCUCAUUGCCUAUUUAUGUAGUGUCAUGAUGAGUUAUUUGUCCUCCCCCUUCACAUUUUCCCUUCCUUUGUAGCUUAGUAAUUAGUAUUAAGUGGAUUCUGGGGGAAUUCCUACUACCUAACAGUUGUCUCAACUGUUUAAACUUACUUAAUAUACAUGUCCUGCGUUUGUUUUUCCGUUA